GAUAAGUGACAAAGAGUACUGGGCCCUGCGACGCCGGUUGACGUCACGAGACAGACAACAAUUCAAUAUUGCCAUUCUUCUCCUCUCUCUCUCUCUCUCUCUCGUCUUCGUCUUCAUCUUCAUCUUCCUUCUCCUCUCUCUCUCUUUUUUAGUGCACGGUGACAGAGUCAUUUGACACUUAUAUAUGGAUUUGAAUUCGCGUUAUCAACACAACCAACCCAAUUCUGGCUUGCUUCGUUUUCGCUCAAAUUUCAAACAACCUAAAGCUGCUGCUGCUAAUGAUGAACCAGAUAGCUUACUCUUGAGAUUCACUAAUACUGCCAAUACUUCAUCUACCUUUCCAGAAUUCUUCCCCCAUAAUAAAGGUCACAACGAUCCUUCAUCAUUAUCUCUCCUACACACCAAUUCUCAUCAAGGUUAUACUACUUCCUCUGCUUCCCAUUUCUCCAACUUCAUCUCCUUUCGGAAUGCGUAUGACACUAUGAAAGGUGUUGAAAACUAUGAUGAAGUGAAUGACAGUGAUGGUGAACUUACUCUAUCUAUGAACAUAUUGAACAAUCAAAUUGGCUUCUCACCAAAAAGUCCUUCUUCCUUGAGAAUGUUAUCACAAAACUCCAAAAUGGGGAAUGUGGGCAUUGCCACAAUUAGCCGAGAUGAUCGGAGACAACAAGAUGGCAAUGACGAUGCUCAGUAUUAUGGUCAUAAAUUCGUUUAUGAUUCUAAUGAUCAGAAUGUAGAGCUAGGAAAUCAAAUUGAUACAUUAUCGCAUAACUUGAGUUUGCAAAGAAAGUCAUCAGAGAUGUUUGUUGUGGAGAAUUUGCUUCAGUUUCCAGAUUCUGUUCCCAGCAGUAUUAGAGCAAAGAGAGGCUUUGCAACACAUCCUCGAAGCGUCGCCGAAAGGGUGAGAAGAACUCGGAUAAGCGAUCGAAUGAGAAAGUUGCAAGAACUUGUUCCAAACAUUGACAAGUUUAUUGGCAGCAAACUAGCACAUCAGACAUGUUGGAUUUGGCGGUAGAGUACAUUAAUGAUCUUCAAAAAGAAUUAAAGACUGCGAGUGAAAAACGAGCUAAAUGUAGAUGCAUAAGAAUGAAGAUGCAUAAGAAUUAAGAAUCAAAUUGCUUAAGUUUCUUUUGUACAGGUAAUAAAGGAAGUAGUUGUAAACAUGGAUAUCAUCAAGGGCUUACAUCUUCAUGAUGUGUUGGAACAUUCAGAAUCCCUUAGUGUCUGAAUAUAAAAAUUGUCAAAGUUCUAUAUUGGAAAGUUUUCGUACAUUGAGUAGCUUUGAACUCUAUAAAUACUAAAAUCAUAUGUUAGAUACUUUAUAUAUGUGAGAUAGUAUCCAUCAUUAUAUAAAAAGUGUCGAUCUCUUGUGAAACGUACACAAAAGUUGCAUGUAAUAAUACAAUUCUUAAUUUUCUCUCU